ACAAAGAAAAUUAAGAUGGCUGCACAUUCGGGUGGAGUAGAUUGGGCUGCGAUUUUGAAGCCCUUUUUGAGCAGUUCAAGUGAAAAUGUUACUAAAAACGAUGCUAUAAAUUUGGCGAAAACUAUCAUUCAAAAUGAAAGUGAAAUUAUCGAUCAUGAUGUCAGUCAUAAACAGUUUUUCGACAGUUUUGUCGUUCUGGCGGCUGAAAAUCUUACCAAUCACGUCACAUCGCUAUCACAAACACAACUUCCGCAGUUCGCUGAGGCGGCCACUGUACUGAUUCGUUACAUUAUUCAUCAUCUGGAUGAGCAAGCUCCGAAUAAACCAAGCAUCCUUCUCAUGGCACUGAAAGUUCUCUGCGAGGGUCGCAAGGAAGUACAGCAUCCAGCGGGUAGUUCAUCCACGUCAUCUAUUAUUCCCGCAUCCGGCAUGAAAUAUUUGAAGUACCCAGAGGCGCAUGGUAAAUCACCUUCAGUCGGUGGUACAAGUGGCUCAUCCGGAGUCGGCGUAAGCUCCAGUGGUAGUGGAUCGGAUAAAGACAGUCCGAAGAGUGAAAUGAAACGUUCGCGGUCUGAUUUAUCCUCUGUGAUUCUACAACAGUUAACGACACCACUUGGCAUCGGAGUAUUUACAUUUGCCGCACUCAGUGAAGAACAAAUUGAUUGCACGGAUCUCUUCGUUAAAUCUAACAUCCAAUGUCUGCAAGCCGUUAAUGGCGGCGACAUAUUGUUUAAAUGGUGUACGAGCUCUCUGACCACGUUGGCAAAGUAUCGAACGAAGUACGAAGAAUGCACCAUUCACGGGAAACCACUGUAUCUCCCGAUUACUACAGCCGAAGCGGGAACUAUCAAGUCAAAUCUGUCCCAAAUUGAGUCGGAUAUCUCCAAUCUGCUACACGCUAUUUCACUCCCUGUUGUUGAACCAUUAACACCGGCGAAGAUUACGCUUUUGUCACAGUGCGCAAUGUCUGCACUCUACUGUGCCGUAUUGACAUCUACGUCUAUUAGUGUUCUGGCGAUGGCCGCUAGCGGUUCACAGAAAAGCGCGUCAUCCUCGCAACUACAGCAAAAAGAACCGAUAUCCAGCACGCAAUUUCAAAAGGAGAAUGACGAAGAGGAGGAUUUUGCUCGAAUCGUUGUUGAUCGUGCUUUGGAAAUAUUCACGAAAAUCGGAAGUAUUCUCAAGAGCUCAACCAGAACACAUAUCUACCAGAAUCACGUUUGUAUGGGAGCUUGGCUACUGAUCUCUGGCAUCCAAGGAACAAUGGGUGCCUCUGGUAACCCCAGUGGGGGAAAUGUUCAGCAAACUGCAUCAGUAAAGACUUCGGAUGAAAGUAUGAAGGGCAGAAGUCCGCUAAAAACUCUAGACGUGCCGCAGAUGGCAUCGGCAACACCGACCCCGGCUCUAAGGGUAAACCUGUUCAAAGUGCAGCAGGGAUUCGGUGUGUUGAAUGCUGCAAUUGCGCGACACAGUAUCACCCUUCUUACAGAACUGAUCGAUGAUCUCCGCAUUGAUUCCCGCUCGGAUGAUGACGAAUACAGCAGCAUUGAGUCAGCUGGGUUCGAUAUCCUCGGGCAGUAUUCUUCCAUCCAGCGAGUAGUCCGUGUAUUAAACAGUGCUACAUUGCAACAAUUGCUAACGUUCCUGGCUACUGUAUCAUACCGGAAGGCUUGCACUCUGCGGAGAAUCAACACGAAAAGCACAAACGAGGGGGAGCCGAUGAGCUACAGUGAUUCGACUACUUACUACAAUGAUACGUUCUCUUGCUCGGAGGAAAGCGAACCGGAGGAGGAAGACAGUGACAGUUAUCUUGGACUUUGGUUCAAAGAAACCUUAUCUCCUGAAGCCAACGAGGAAAUGACUGAAUCUCAGGAGCAGGAGAAAAAAGACGAGAAACGACACGGAAGCAAUUUGGUCCCGGCUAAGGACGAGCCUCACGAGUAUCUGAAUUUGAGCUCGUUAAUUUUCAAUUUCUUCGAUGCAUCACUGGGAGGGCAGCAUAUCUAUCUUAGCCGAUACGUACGGACUGGACUCAGUGAACAGCAAAUGGUUCUUCUCGCUAACAUUCUUCGCGACUUGGAUCGAGAUUCGGCCAGAGGUGAACCCGAGAAUUCAGGCUGUCUGCAGUGGCAAAAUGCAAUGAUUAAAUUUUCCGGAUCGGUUGGAAGAUAUUUGCACAAUUUGAUAUCGAACUCACUGCUGAAUGAAUCUUUACAAUCGGCGCUUCUGCUUCAUCUUGGUGUUUCGCCGUGGACACAGGAUUCCAACAUGUGGCCGCUGCAAGUUUACUCGCGAACAUUGGCUGUGCUUGUGCAGAUUCUACUGUUGAAACCAUCGCAGGAGAAGGAAGCCGCUUGUCUGUCGGUUUGGCACAGACUUGUUAACACGCUUGUCGAGGGUGUUUGCUGCACAGCCCUGCCGAAUGAGUCGGAGGUUGAGGAUUUGAAUGUGGAACACGCCCAGCUCUUGCUAUUUCUGUUCCACUCACUGAAUUUGAUGCAGAAAAAAUCUAUCCUGUUGCUCACAGCUGGAGGGGUAAUCCGUUGUUCGGAAGUGUGUCGUUCCGUCACUCCUGAAAAACCACUACGAGACAACCAAAUUAUGCUGCUGUCUCGGCUGCUCCUCUUUCUAGAAUAUCUAAUGAAGCAUUUGUACAACCCUCCAAACGUUUUGCUUGAGCAGGUUCGUUGGAAUUUGUUCAGCGUGUUCACGGUGGAUUCGGAGCAGAAAAUUACCGAUUUGAUCAACUAUAAGACCAAAAUGAUGUCAUUCUGUCGCAAGGAUAUCGAGGAUAAGCACCGCAAGCUAGCAAAUGAAUUCAGCGUGGGAGGAGUGAAACCAAAGUUCUACUCGUUGACAACCGUGGACUCGAAAGUACAGCAAGAAUUCAAGCUAGACGGAUUGGCAUGGAAUUUCAUUCUUUGCACACCUGACAAACUGAAAUAUCCCUGGCUGAUUGAUGCUCUCAUAGAUAUUCUCAGUAUUACGGAUAUGUGUCUAGCGAAGAUCCCGUUCCAAACACUGUGCGCUGUCCAUUAUUGCUUCAGUUUGUGCUGGAAGUUGCUGCUCGGGUUACCUCCUUCCACGCAGCACGUGGAAGCGCUAAUGCAGGAGAAGAUCCCAAAUCUACAUUCGUUGAUAUGGUCGAUUCGUUGUCUGCAUCCAAUCACUCAUUCACACUAUUUGAUUGUUAACAGUCUCGUGAAACAGGGCAUGUAUACACAAUCGGCGGAAGCACUCUGGAAUCGUUUGACCGAUCACGUCUCGGAUGUUAAAUACAGCCUCAAGCUCACAAUGCUCGGAUUGGAAUCGUUUGCGUCCACAUUCACGCCAGAUCAGCCACGAUUAUCGAAAAUAAUUCUGCUGGACAGCCUGGUGUCACAUUUAUACGCCAUCUGUUGGGCCGAGAAGGAAGGUGUUAACAUUAAAACGAAAUCCAAUGCAAAUAGCAGCAGCUCGUCUAGCAGCAGUAGCAGUAGUUCAACUAGCAGCAAUAGUAGCACCACAUCUGCUUGUUCUAGCGCGAGUGAAGCGAGUGCUGCAUCGGUUGGAGCAGCAGGGCAACAGCAGCUGAGCGUUACGAGUGGAGUUCCAUCCACCACUGAUGUUUCCACAACCGCUAGUCCAGGGGUUGAUUCGAACAAAUCGGACUCACGCAAUGAUUUGACCCGCAGCCUGAUGGCGAAGCUUAUGAAGGUUCUAGAAGUUGUCAAGGAAGCUACCUAUAAGACCAUGUUCCAAAAUCUCAGUGGACAAAUUCCCGCCACAUUGAUCGAACCAUUGAUUGCUAUUUGUGGCUCGAAGAACAGUUUUUGUCAGGAUUUAUCCGCACAACUAGUCGCACUGAUCACUGGACAGGACAAGGAUGUGAUUUCGGUAGAAUGGCGCAAAAAUCUGUCUAUUACAAGCGAAGACAACUUCGCAAGUGGAUCAUUCCCAGCUGAGGUUCACACACUAACCGUGAUUGAGGGCCACCUAACAGAAACAUCUAAGCAUCUCACCUAUUCGAUACUUCUUUCGCUAAAACAUUCGCUGAAAUCGUGUAUCAACCUGAUUUAUUACAUGCUCCCAAAUUACGACGAUAAACAGCUUGACGAUGAGCUGAAGGAGGUUCUAAUCCCGAUGAUUUUCGACCUUCGUUCUGAAUAUUUGUACGAUGUGGUAAACAAAUGCCUCGAGUCGCUGCUAGGAGGUGAUUCAAACUCGGAAACAUACCAACUUCUUGCCUACUCGAAUAUUCUUCGCCACAGCUAUCGCUUCCUCAUUGAAUACAACGAGCUGUCCGCCCAAGGUGAGACGGUAACUAUCGAGGAGACUGUUCUGCACAGCAUCAUCAAAUUCUGGGAAUCCAUGCUCGAGAAGACCAUCGGAUUGAAAGCGAUGCGAGAGUUCUUUUAUGAGAGCAAGAAGGGCAACUUGGUUCAGAUAUUGCUCUCGUUCACCGGCACCAAUCUGUGCCAGAAGUAUUCGACGAAAGUGUUACAGUUCUUCGAGAAAUUAUUUGCCGCAUCGGAGAAACUUGACGCCCAAUUCGACGAGGAGGAGGUAUGUAAUUGUAUCAGUGAGCUUGCUAGUGCGGAUGCAUCGAAGCUUAAAAGUUGGCUUAGCCAUAUUCUGCUGGGUCCUAGAGGGGCGAAUCUAACUGCGGGGGAUUCGAACGCCUCGAGCAACGUUCCAACUCCGACCAAUAUGGCAACUGUGUCGGCUAUUCCUAGCAUUACCGAUCAGCUGGUGGUAUCGGCAACGUCGGAUAACAACACCGGUAACAAUGCAUCGGUGGGAGGCGAUCCGGAUGCUAUGGAUAUCGACUAUGAGUGUAUGAUGCCUUGGCAGAGGGAAAACAGCCGUACCGGAAAUGAUACUGUGGAUGAAGCGCUAGAAAAGAACGGGAAGCUUCUGCAAGCAUUCGUGAAGUACAUCGUGGCGGAAAAUAGAAUUGCGCCGUCGGUGGCUGAGGUUCUUUUCCAGGCUUUGAUCCAAAUCGGACACAAUCUGUUGUGUCCGGCACAGGAAGCAAUAGAAUUUGCCGAUCUACUGCAGGUGAUGAUUACGCUUGCCGAUGCGGGGAAAGGUCGCGGUCAUGCGCUGUUGUUUACGGCUGCAGUCGAUUGGUUGGAAAUUUCGAAGAACCAAGUUCUCGAAAGCAAGGGAAAUAGAUCCGGUUCGAAGGCGGCAGUACAGCUGGAGAAUGUUACUGCGAUUUUGAAAUACAUGAGCGAUUUACUGCUCGGAUUGGGAGCGUCGGGAAGCCGUUCGAUGAAUCCUCCCUGGGACGAGGAAUCCCCGUUGGACGCGGACGAUAUUCUAGAAGACCUGGGCGGAGAUGACGACGACAGUGCCGUGGAAGAUUCGGACGAAGAUAGUCUUAGCAACAAGUUGUGUACAUUCUCAAUCACACAGAAAGACUUUAUGAACCAGCACUGGUAUUACUGUCAUACCUGUAAGAUGGUUGAUGGGGUUGGUGUUUGCUCUGUGUGCGCUCGGGUAUGCCACAAGAAUCAUGACAUCAGCUACGCUAAAUACGGAAAUUUCUUCUGUGAUUGUGGCGCCAAAGAGGACGGAUCCUGUCAGGCGUUGUUACGUCGUAGCAAUUUGGGCCACGCAGAUGAUUCAAUUCUGGGCACCUCUCUACCCAGAUCAUCAGAGGCUGAGUCCGUUCUACUGACCAGUUCGCUCAGACGUCGUGUUUCAAGUCCCACCAACCAACACAACCUCUCCGGAGGUGGUCAGAUGUCGGAAAAGGAACAGCUGCUGGCUAAAAUAAUUGAAAGCUCCAGGGAUGCCUUGGGUAAUCAAGAUCAAUGGAAGGUGGUCGUGCGGUGUAUUUUGGCAUUCUUCAAUUCGCUGAUGCCAGCGAUCAAAGAACAUUGUGCGAAAUAUUCUACAGUUGGGUGUCAUCUUCGUGCUCGCAAUGCCUUGGAACGAUUGCAUCAACCCGAGAAAUCAUAUUCAUUUAGCGAUCAAAUUAUGGUUGCAACUCUGGGUUCUCAGGAGGGAGCGUUCGAGAAUGUUCGGAUGAACUUCUCCGGCGAACAAGGACAAACCAUCAAACAACUACUGUCAACAAAUUUGGUUCGCCGGGUGGCACUCUGCUGUCUGGCAUCACCCCACGGCAAGCGCCAACAGUUGGCUGUAUCGCACGAGAAAGGAAAAGUAACAAUUCUACAACUGUCCGCUCUAUUGAAGCAAGCUGAUGCAGCAAAGAAAAAAUUGACCCUUACAAGACUCGCUAUGGCUCCCAUCCCGUGCACCGUUCUCUCGUUAGCUUCGAACCCUGCGAACGAAGAUUUCCUGGCAGUCUGUGGCCUAAAGGAAUGUCAUAUUCUCACCUUCACCAGUACCGGAGCAACGAAUGAGCAUAUCGUACUAACACCUCAACUUGACACCGGCAACUUCAUCAAGAGAGCAAUUUGGUUGCCGUCUUCGCAGACGAAACUUGCAUUGGUUACCGCCGACUUCGUCAAAAUUUACGACCUGGCCGAAGACAACUAUAGCCCACAGUACUACUUCCUAGUGCCGAGCGGCAAAAUUCGCGAUUGUACGUUCGUCUAUCAAGAAGACACAUAUUACAUGCUUAUAAUGUCGUCGCAUGGCUACAUCUACACCCAGCCACUGAGCGAUGAGAGCCUCGCCAAGCAUGGACCGUUCUAUGUGACAAGCACCCUGGAACUGGAUCACCCUUCAAUCACCGACGAUAAUGGGCAGAUUCUCGGAGGAGGUGUCUCCAUUUACUAUUCACAUGUACUGCAAAUGCUGUUCUUCAGCUAUGUCGCCGGUCGAAACUUCAUGGCUCCGCUGACCAAUACUAACCAGGGUGUAAAGUGUGUCAUCAAUUUGAUAUCAAAUCCAGCCUCGAAGGUGUUCUCUAAAUCAACCACCCAACCCCUCUGCCAGUGGACCGAAAUUCCCGGUCAUCCUGGACUCAUUUGUGCGAUGAUGCAGAACCUCAACAAUCCGGUUAUAUUCAUGAUAAAGCCAGAUGGAUACGUCGCCCAGGAAAUCAAGGCGCAAAAUGCUAAAGCGAAAAUAAUGGAUAUGGUUGCGAUUCGGCACUCGGUUUCGGGCGUCGAAAAGACCACAUUGAUACUGCUCUGCGAGGAUGGUAGUCUGCGUAUUUAUGCUGCCCAUCCCGAAAACACGAGCUAUUGGCUAUCGCCGGAAAUUCAACCCAUUGGCCAUCAGUUCCAGACUGGUGCGUACUCAAAAACUCGCAAAUCCAAGAAGGCCAGCAAACAAAGCAACAGUGGCCAGACUAGUGGAAAAAGUGGAUCUAGCACUGCUCCGACGUUCCCGAUAGACUUUUUCGAGCACUGUCUUCUGAUGAACGAGGUUGAGUACGGGGGAAAUGAUUUGCUGCAAAUUUACAACAUUCAACAUUUGAAGCAUCGACUCAAUUCGACGGGUCUCUAUGUAACCUCGACGCGAGCCAAUGGAUUCACGCUAGACGUAGUUAAUAAUGAGGCGAAUAUGGUUAUUACAGGAAUUCGCGUCUCCGUCGGUUCCCAAGAUGUUAGUAAAGCACCACAAAAUGUCACUAUACUCGGUCGGGUGAUACCGACAGUUGCCACGCGUGCUCGUUGGUACGACAUACCCCUGACACGUGAAGAGAGUUUACAAAGUGAUAAGAAGCUGAGUAUCCUGUUCGGACCAUCCCAGGAUCCAGAAAAUAUUACAAUACUGGACAGCAUCAAGGUAUAUGGCAAGACAAAGGAUCUCUUCGGCUGGCCGGAAGAAUCGGAAGAAGUUGGAGGUUCGUCACAGAUGAAUUCUGCCACACAAACCCCUGGCCAAAUGGCCAGCUCUUUGAGUAACGGAGAUAACGGGGAAGGUAGUGGAAGUUCAGGUUUGAUGAUUACUCCCCUGGAUAAGAUGGCCUCAACCAUGCUGCAAGUUCUCGAUAGUGGUCUCACGCUGCUUGGCGGACCGACCAGUGAGGAGAGCUGUAGACAGACUGCAAUCGAUGUAGCCACUUUGUUGAUUCUUUACCCAACUACGAAUUCGGUUCAGCAGGAUGCCCGUAAUGUAAUGAUGACAUGUCAUUCGAGUAAAACGGCUUAUCACGCCUACAAAGAUAAGGAAAUUCUUUCGGACAUCAACACCCAAUUGAAGAAAAUGGCUGAGGUACGAGACUACAAGAAUAUAGAUCCGGAAGCAUUCUACCGUAUUGUCUUGAUGACUCGAGGAAUCGCCAUUCAGCGCCCUCAAGCAUUGACGAAGAUUUGCUCGGAGAAUCAGUUCCAAAUCCUGCAGCAACUCAUGGAACUCAUGAAGGAUUUGUAUAAAAUAACACCAGCUUAUGAAGAGCCACUAGCGAUUGUUAAACAAGGAUUAUCGCACGUUGAGGCAGUUGUCUAUUCUCUGGUGGAGAUUAUUUAUGCCUUUGCUCUGUCCGAUAGUGAUAUGAUUGAGUCAAUGACUAAAUUGUUCGUCGAAUUAUUACUUGAACCGGCGCCUAUUAUAAGCCACAGCGCGAAACAAGCCAUGAUCAGACUGUUGCGUCCGAAAGUUCGCCGUCGCAAAGUACUUAUAGAGAGCCCUCCAGUGUGUACCACUCCUACACCAUCGACGGUAACCUCCGUGGCCGGACCUUCGACUUCUGCCGUUCCAUCGGCAGCCUCAAUUGGCGCCGUUGGAGGAGCUAGUUCAUCCACGAGUGCCGGGGCAACCGGUGGAUCAGCAGCGAAUGACGAUUUUGCAGGAGUCAUGCAAGAAGUGGAUGCCAUUGAAUCUCUUGGUUUGGAACCAUCCGGAAGCAAUCAAGCUCUAGCAUCGCUGGAAGCUCUGCUUGGUGUCGGAUUCCCGCAUCUGCUGGAAACCCCGGAUGCUGACGAUGAAACUAUCAUGGAGAUCGCGAUAGCUUUAAGUUUGCAAGACAACGAUUCAGAUUUGUCGGCACUGCAGCAGAGUAUUGCCCAGUAUCAAGGGAGAAAUCGCAACCCAGCUCAAGGGUUGCCAGCUGCCAUUGCGGGAGGCUCAUCUUUUAAUGUAGAGUCGAACACCUCGGGUGGUGGAUCAGACGAUGAUGAGAUCUCCAACGUGGCCACUGAGGGAUCAACGCUCCGGACAUCUCCAGCAGGGGAGCAUGCUGGGAGCGGCAGUGGUGGAUCGGAAAGUGGUUGUAGCGGGGUCGAAAGCAUUGGAGGAACAUCGGGACGCAGCUCCACAUACGAAGAACAACCGAAUCCAUCGCCCCCGAGAUCAUCCGGAGUGGAGCAAAUUCAACCCGCACCAGUGGCUCCUCCCGAAUCCGAAGAGUGUGGCAGUGAGAAUGCGUGCAAACUGCACAUUUUGAGAUAUUCGAUUCUCAAUAAGCUAGUCGAUAACUUCAAUACGCUGGACACGGUAAACGGUUCACAGUGUAUUCCGUUUAUGCAAGUAAUAUUGAUGCUCACAUCAGAUCUGGAUGGCAGUCAGGAAGCCGACCAGCAAGUUAUGAACCGCUUGCUUCAGGCAUUAAUUGAUCGUUUGGAGAUACCCGCGACCAAAACAUACCAGAUGUCUAACCGAACCUCAAAAACUGAAGUCCAGCUGAUAAUCCUACGUCUUGUUGGAGUCCUCAUGGGCAAGGUUAAAUCCAAAUCCUCUUCUUCGUCAUCGUCAUCAUCGGCCGCGGCCGCUGGAUCGUCCUCUGGCGUCAGUCAGGCCGUUUUGGACAAUGCAACAUUUGUGGCACAAGCGACAGCCAACUCUUUGAUGAAAAGUAACGCAAUUCCAUACUGCCUGAUGAUAAUGGAAUCUUUUCUGCCACAUUGGAAAAACAUCGCCAACAGUGAGGAAAGCGCCACGGGACCAAACACGGCAAGCACGGCUGGUACUAUUAUUACAACCGUCGGUGGAACCCCAACUAAUAACUUGCUGAAACCAACCUUGUAUGGACUGUCUCCCGAUAUGCAACCGUUUUUCGCACGCCAAUAUGUCAAAGGAUGUACCGAUGUGUUCGAGUUGUAUCCACAAGUUCUUACCGAAAUGGCAGUUCGAUUACCUUAUCAAAUUCUUAAGUUAUCGUCUGGACAUCCUUCGUCCCACGAGUGGUAUCACUCCCUGUGCGAGUACAUGACGAACAUCCUUUGCGAGUACAUGAUGUACAUGCAAUCGCCCGUUCUGCGGCGACAGGUGAGAAAACUGCUGCUGUAUAUUUGUGGCAACAAGGAAAAAUACCGACAGUUGCGUGAUUUGCACUCGCUGGACACUCACAUGAAGGCGGUCAAAAAGUGCUACGAUGGAAGUGUUCCGCAAAUUUCGGCAAUUGGAUCGAGCACGAGUGCAAUUCUCAGCUACGAUUCGUUGGUUGAACUUACCGAGCAUUUCAGGGGCUGCCAAGAGAUUGCCUCAGUUCGCACCGGAAACUGGCAGAAGUUUUGCGUUAGAAACUCGGACAUCCUGCCGUCGCUACUGAACAUCAGCUGCUGUCAGUUGGAGGAAGGUGUUUCAUCGAUCAUUCUGCAGCUGUUGCAAUCAGCUAUUUGCAAUACCCAAGGCCUUAAACAGGAAUCAUCCUCUUCCGGAUCAGCGGGAUCAUCCAGUAUGAAGAUUUCCGUGUUGAAAGAACGCAAAGAUCGUGACAAAUCGGAAGAGUCUGACACAGCAACCGAAUCCAAGUUCGACCCGGCUCAAUGUGUCGCAUUGGUAACCCAGAUUUUCAACCAAGUAUCGUUCCAAAAUUUGGCCAAAUUUAUUCGCAGUUUCUUGCUGGAGACAAACGCCACCGCGAUUCGUUGGCAGGCUCACAGUUUGGUGUAUGCCUUCUACGACAACAGUAAUGAAGCGAACAAAGAACAACUUUUGCAGUGUUUGUGGGGAUUGUGGCCUUUGCUGCCAGCCUAUGGUAAAAGAACCGCCCAAUUUGUUGAUCUGCUAGGAUACCUCACAUUGAAUACUAAAUCGUUAAGCGAUAAGCUCAUGGAUUACACUGCUCAAGCCGUUUCCGUGCUUCGGCAGCAAAACGAAUUGCUUUCGAAGCAUCCGAAUGCACCGAUUUAUACCGCUCUUGGACAUGUGCUAGAAUUGGAAGGAUUUUAUCUGGAAUCUGAGCCCUGUUUGGUUUGCAAUAAUCCCGAAAUUCCGUACUCCAACAUUAAACUUUCAACCAUCAAGGUCGAUUCGAAGUUUACGACUACAACAACGAUCGUGAAAUUGGUGCAAAGCCAUACCAUUUCGAAAAUUAUCCUGCGCAUAGCGGAUCUCAAGCGUCAGAAGAUGGUGCGAGUAAUCAACAUCUAUUACAACAAUCGGACCGUCCAGGCGGUAGUAGAGCUCAAAAAUCGUCCCUCAAUGUGGCACAAGGCACGAAAAGUUACCCUGCAAUCGGGACAAACCGAUGUGAAGAUCGAUUUCUCGCUACCAAUAACCGCGUGCAAUUUGAUGAUUGAGUAUGCUGAUUUCUACGAGACCCUAUCCGGUUCAAGCGAGAGUCUGCAGUGUCCACGUUGUAGUGCUGUGGUUGCUGCAAAUCCAGGCGUCUGUGGCAACUGCGGGGAAAACGUUUUCCAGUGUCACAAAUGUCGAGCAAUCAAUUACGACGAGAAGGAUCCAUUCCUAUGCCAUUCGUGCGGUUUCUGUAAAUAUGCAAAGUUCGAUUACAGCAUCUUUGGUCGCGCAUGUUGCGCCGUGGAUCCGAUCGAGUCGUCUGAGGAUCGAACCAAAACUGUACAGACGAUUCAUGCCUCACUGGAGAAGGCUGACCGCUCGUAUAAAACACUGCAGAACAACAAGCAAAUCCUGGAGCUACUCGUUCAGAAAGUUGCGGAACAUAAGUUGGACCGUACGCUAGACGAAACGCUGAUCGGAUCGGUCGUCGGAUCUUCACAGGUCAACAAAGUGAUACAACUGUUGGCGCAGAAGUAUUGCGUUGAGUCAAAGUCGGCUUUUGAGGAUCUCAGCAAGAUAAUCCAGAAAGUACAGGCGUGUAGGAGAGAAUUAGUAGCGUAUGAUCGAAGCCAGAUGGACUCUCCCAGCGGAGGAACACUAACGCCAGGUUCCGCCUCGGACAAAGCAGUUGCAGUGAACAAAUGUUACGGAUGUGCUCUAGCAUCAACGGAACAGUGUUUGACUUUACUGCGUGCCAUGGCAUCCAACAUGCCAUGUCGUAUCGGACUAUGCAACCAAGGUCUAGUCCAGGAGCUAGCUAUCAACAACCUUCGACGCGGAACGAACCAAAUUCAAGACGAAGUGCGCCAGCUGCUUUGUCUUCUGACUAGGGAUCUACCCGAUGCAACGGCCGAUCUGUGUCAAUUGCUGCAAGAUCGAGUGAAACUAGCUCUCAGUGGUACUGUUCCUCUCGCGAAUCUUGACUCAGCAGUUCGUCACGAGAUGACUUUGCUGGAAUCAAUGACAUCCCAAGAUGACUCGUGUUGGGAGCUCAAGCUCAAAACUGUGGUAGAAUUAUUCCUGCAAGCGUCAAGAGAUGUCCGCGGUCCAGCUGUUGCCGUUAUCCAACCAUGUCUCCGUAUCGUGCAGUCGCUGAUGUGUCCACCGCUACCGACGAGCAAGGCAAACAAAGAUCUCACGACGCAGGAGUUGUGCACCGUUCAACCUACGAACGGGCUGACCAUAAGUUAUGAAAAAUGGAUAGCCGGGGAUCCACAGCAUUCGUUUGCCGCCUGGAAAGCACGAAUGCCGCCGAUAACGGGAACAGCUACACCCCGAGCGGAGGACAGCUCAAUUCAGUUGGCACAAACAACUGGUUCCACUUCUGAAGGUGAGAGCGAAUCAAGUGCUACUCCGAUAAGUACCUUCCGUUCGGCAAUGGAGAAAAAACGUAGCCAAUACCGGAAUGCCUAUCUGUUCGAGAAGUACGGAAAGCGAUGGCGUCAGAAGGUGCUCAACAAGGGAGUUGAUGCUGUGCCGCUAGAGCUAACGGCAGCUUGGCUACAACCAGUGCUGUUCAAUACAAACUCCCGAUUGGGUAGGCAGUUGACAUGUGCUUUGGUAACGUCGCUGAGCAGAAGUCCCGAGCGGAAGCGCGAAAUUCUGGAUCUACUGACCAGUUUUCUGAAGCAUAUUGGUGAAAGUGGCGAAGCGAGUGCAGAGUUUAUAGCUCUUUAUCGUAUAUUGGCCGAUGAAACACCAUGGCGUCAGUAUCUGGCCCUGAAGGGGGUUCUGACGCUCAUAGCAGAUCUCCUCACAGUGGAGAUUGAGAAAAUUCAUCGUUUAGAGGAGACCACACUUUCCUCAGAUUUGGCUCAAGGUUAUGCGCUGAGACAGUUAGUUGAGCUAAUGGCAACGUUCCUGGAUAAUCCUCUCAUCCGGAAGGCGUACAAAGGAAAAUUGCUGGGAUCGGUUUUGCAAGGCUAUUUGAAUUUGAGGAAAUUGGUUGUCCAAAGAACGCGUUUGAUUGAUGAUGCCCAAGAGAAAUUGCUCGAAAUGCUAGAGGAGAUGACAACGGGAACAGAAGAGGAAACGGCAGCUUUCAUGGCGGUUUGUAUCGACACUGUCCGUAAAACUUCGACCACGGAUGUGAAGACACCGGUAUUUAUGUUCGAACGACUCUGCUCAAUAAUUCACCCCGAAGAGAACGAUGUGGGAGAGUUCUUUUUGACGCUGGAGAAAGAUCCACAACAGGAGGACUUUUUGCAGGGCAGAAUGUUAGGUAAUCCAUAUCCUUCGAAUGAGGCCGGCUUGGGUCCCUUGAUGCGGGAUGUGAAGAACAAGAUUUGCAUUGACUGUGAGUUGGUGGCACUUUUGGACGAUGAUAACGGCAUGGAAUUGUUGGUACAUAACAAAAUUAUCAGUUUGGACUUACCGGUCAAGGAAGUCUACAAGAAAGUUUGGCUACAGGAAGGAGGCGAACGAGACGCUAUGCGAAUUGUCUAUCGCAUGCGUGGUCUUCUUGGUGACGCAACCGAAGAAUUCAUCGACACAUUGAACGCAAAAAGCCAAGAAGAGGUCGAUAAUGAACAACUCUACCGGAUGGCUAACGUAUUGGCCGAUUGCGACGGUUUGAAGGUUAUGCUUGAUCGUAUUGGUAGUCUACAGAAUGUAUCUAGAUCGAGGACCUUAUUACAAGUACUGCUCAAGCUGUUCCUUCUUAGUGUGAAAGUACGCCGAUGUCAAGAAGUUCUAUGCCAACCAGAACUGGGAGCUAUCAAUACUCUCUUGAGAGUGCUUCAACUUUGUCUCCAAAGCGAAAAUGAUGCCCAACAAUCGGCCGUUACGGAGCAGCUACUCGAGAUUAUGGAAACCAUUCUAUCCAAGGCCGCUUCGGAUACGCUUGAUUCUUUCCUCCAAUUUUCUCUCACUUUCGGUGGUCCUGAGUAUGUGCAGGCUCUUCUUUCCUGUACCAAUUGUCCAAAUGUACGCAAUAACCCCUCUGUUUUACGCCACCUAAUCCGUGUGCUUGCUGCUCUCGUGUAUGGGAAUGACAUCAAGAUGGCGCUGCUCUGUGAACAUUUCAAGGAAGUGUUUGAUUUCAAUAAAUUUGAUACCGAUCAUACGGCAGAGGAUGAAUUCAAGCUUGAACUGUUUUGUGUUUUGACUACCGGUAUCGAGCAUAACUCCAUUGGAGGUACGCUGAAGGACUACAUCAUGAGCUUGGGUAUUGUGGAGAAAGCAUUGGAAUAUAUCAAAGGACACGCGCCCUGUGUCAAGCCUACCUUACUGAGAACAGAUUCCGACGAGUUGAAGGAAUUCAUUUCCCGAGCUUCAUUGAAAUAUAUCUUGAGAUUCCUCACCGGAUUGGCUACGAAACAUGAAACUACUCAACUUGCGGUGGCAAAGGAUAUAAUUCCUAUUAUUCAUCGCUUAGAGCAGGUUUCAAGUGACGAACAUGUCGGAUCAUUGGCUGAAAAUCUGCUAGAGGCAUUGUGUACCGAACCGGCAACGGCUAAACGAGUUCAAGAGGUUCGUGAUUUCACCCGAGCCGAGAAGAAGCGUCUCGCCAUGGCGACUCGUGAAAAACAGUUGGAUGCUUUGGGUAUGAGAACGAACGAGAAAGGACAAGUGACUGCCAAGGGUCCCAUCCUGUCACAGAUAGAAAAGCUGCGCGAAGAAACCGGAUUGGCUUGUUUCAUCUGCCGCGAGGGAUACGCUUGCCAGCCGAAUAAGGUUUUGGGAAUCUAUACCUUCACCAAGCGGGCAAAUGUGGAAGAGUUUGAAAUGAAGCAAAAGAAGACUGUCGGUUACACAACUGUAACACAUUUUAACGCCGUUCAUGUAGACUGUCAUAUGUCUGCGAUAAGACUGGCGAGAAGCCGUGAUGAGUGGGAAAGUGCUUCACUGCAGAAUGCAAACACACGUUGCAAUGGCUUGCUACCCCUGUGGGGGCCGGACGUGAGCGAAUCCUCCUUCUCGUCUUGCAUGGCGCGUCAUAACAACUAUAUGCAAGAGUCGACGCAACGAUGUGAAAUCACCUUCAGCAGUUCGAUUCACGAUCUCAAACUGCUCCUGAUGCGAUUUGCCCUGGAGAGAAGCUUCCACGAGGAUGCCGGAGGUGGUGGACCCCAGUCCAAUAUGCAUCUAGUCCCUUAUCUACUAUUCUAUAGUCUGUACACGCUGUUAUCGUCACGAUCUUAUUCUCGCGAGGAGAUGAUCCUCAGCGCAUAUUUAACGCACAAGCCUUCCGACCGUUGGCUUGAAUGCGCCUACGAGGCGGAAGGCCCAUUAUAUCUAAUCACAAUGUCACUAGCGUUGCACACACCGGGCAAGUGGACUCGCAACAAACUGGCUCAUCUUAAACGAUUGAUCACCGUUGGCCACGCACGCAUCGUAAGUCCAAAUACGGUGUGCAAAUUUAUCGCACCGAAUGAUAAGAGCCCGAAAGAUUACCAUGCCUAUAAGCCGUAUCUCCUGCUGUGGGCGUUAGUGGACCUGAUUUACAAAAACUUGUUCCGCACGGUGACCACCCCGAAGGAUGAAGACUGGCCAAUUUCUCUGUUCGAUUACGUACGUCGGAAUGAUGAGGCGAUGCUGAAAAAUGCGGAUGCUACUCUGGAAACUUUUACGGAGGAAUUUUUGCCCUGUACCUCGUUUGGAGAGUUCUGCGAUGUUGCUGGACUCCUUGGUGAAAUCGAGGAUCCGGACGGGUGGAUGAACGACCUAAUACAAUCAUUGCCAUCGCCAGGAUCUACACCUGCAGCCGCCGGGCCUUCGUCAGCUGCUGCUCCAGGUCCGGACAACAAUGGUGCCGUAGCAGGAAGUUCGAUUUCGACGGCUUGAGUCCGGGUGGGAAUAUCAUCCAGGUACGAGGAACCGGUUGAUGACGAUGAUGAUGAUUGGUGAUAUGUCGUUGAUUGCAUACAAUAUAUAAUUCAUUCUAUUUAACUAUCGAUAAUGAAAACAAAUGAGAAGACGAUUCAUAUAUUGAUAUAUCGUAAAAAAUACUGUUACUUAGCAGAACAUAGCACUGAAAUUAUGCGCGUAUAGCAGCAACAUAGCAAAACUAGUACUAAAAGUACAUCAAAUUAUGCAAUUAUAUGAAUACUAAUGGAAUCAAUGUAUGUGUGGUAACCAAAUUCAUGCUCUAUCAAAAUAAAUUACACAGCAGUUAA